CAUCAGUUUUAAACAUCAUCUUCUUCCAAAUAUUUCCUCUUCUCUACUAACAAGGAUCGCAACACUCGUUUGACAACCGCGCUUAGAUGUACGUACACUGUAGUCUGCGUGUUCAUUUUAACAUAAAAAAAAGUGAGUGAAACGUUUCAAGCUGCCUGAAGCCCCUUCUUAAAGGAGAGCAGAAAAUGAAGCAUAAAAAAAGUAGUCAGACUAUUCAUAAUGAUGCCAAACUUUCGGAGAACAAAUCAGAUCCAAUUGAAUUCACCGACAUCGUCGGUGGCAUUGGCAGGUGGCAAGUUAUGCUUCUUCUUACUACUUUGUUAUCUGGACUUCCCAUUGCAUGGAACCAUCUUGGAAUGGCAUUUUUGGCUUUCCCUGUGGACCACUGGUGUGCAAGACCAAAUGGAAUGAAUGAAUCGCUAGAAACAUGGUUUGCAGAUUACCUUCCAAAUGAGAAAACUGAAGGAAAGCUACAACACAGUCAGUGCGAAAUGUUCGCUCUAAACCAAUCUACUGCUGAAGUCGAUCGGACAAAGACUGUUCCAUGUAACACUUGGGAGUUUUCUACGGGGUACUAUUCCCUCAUAGAAGAAUGGCAUGUAGUGUGCAGCAGAGAUUGGAUGCUUUCUACCAGUCAGUCGGUAUAUAUGCUUGGUUUCCUUGCUGCUGUUCUCGUUUCUGGUCAAAUCGCUGAUCUGUAUGGACGUCAUCCUACUAUGAUGUUGAAUAUCGUGAUACUUCUUGUAGCUGGAAUGGCUGCAGCAUUUGCAAACUCAUUCCUCGUGUUCACAAUUUUUAGGUUUUUUAUAGCAUUUGGACACGCUGGAAUUGGUCUUGUUAUUUAUGUGCUUUUUAUUGAAACACUUGGAUCACAGUACCGAGCAUAUUACGUUUUCCUUCACGGUUUUGGAUGGCAUAUAGGCUAUGUAUUGCUUCCCCUCAUUGCCUGGUGGUUAAAAAAUUGGUUUUAUUUGCAGCUGUUUAUGACAAUACCUUGUGCUCUUUUCUUCCUGUAUUAUUGGAUUGUUCCAGAAUCUCCCCGCUGGCUGUUGUCGAAGGGUAAACUAGACAAAGCAAUUCCUAUAUUAGAGCUUGCAGCAAAAAUGAACAAAAAGGAUGUAAAGGACCUUGAAACUCAAGCUAAAAAGAUCUGUUUCCUAGAAAAUGAAGAAGGAAACAAAGCAUCUAAAGCAUCUGUUUUGGACCUCUUGCGCACACCCAAUUUAAGGAUGAAAACUUUAAUUUUGUACUUCGUGUGGAUGACAAUUGCUUUUACAUAUUACGGAUUGUCUCUGAAUACGAAUGCUUUACAAGGAAAUGACUAUCUAAAUUUCUUCCUCUCGGGCCUCAUGGAAAUUCCAGCAACAAUAUUCUGUAUGCUAACACUGGAUCGCUUUGGCAGGAAGAAACCUUUUAUAUUCACUUUAAUGGUCGGAGGAUUAUCCUGUUUUGGAUUCGUUUUUGUCCCUGAAAGUGCUCCUGGAAUAAAAAAGUCUCUUGCGAUGGCCGGCAAACUUUUCGUUUCGGCUUCUUUUACAAUCGUUUAUGUAUAUUCAGCUGAAAUUUUUCCCACUGUGGCUCGAAACGCUGGAAUUGGAUCUAGCUCCACAAUAGCAAGAAUUGGCUCUGCUAUAGCGCCUUUUAUGAGAGAUUUGGGUAAUGUUACAAGUCCAGCAGUGCCUCUUGGAAUAUUUGGAGGUCUUUCAGUUAUCAGUGCGUUACUGGUUAUCAAACUUCCCGAAACGAAUACAUUUCCAGUUCCUGAAACCCUUGAACAGGCAGAAAACUUUGGGAAGAAAACUUAGCUAAUGGAAUAAAGGACGAAGAUUAUUUUAAUAAUGGUCAUCUCUUCAGAUCAUCUGUGAAUCUCAGCAAAUAUGGGUGACAUUGCCCAGCGACUGAACUGAAGAUAUGAAUUAUCUGUUGAAAGAAGUUCUUUUUUUUUUCAUAUUCACUAUUUUAUGCUUGUUACAGGCUCGAAAUAUAUAAUUCAUUAAAAACUUGUUAACCUUUUAAAAUGUUGUGAGCAUGCCAUAUGUUUUCAUGUGUGUAGGUGUUUUUUCAGGAUGUAAAAUUUAUUUUUUCGUAUUAAAUACUUAAUUAUGAAUUCAA